AUGGUAGAUGCGGGUUUCUCUGGCCCCAGAUUUACUUGGUGCAAUGCUAGGGGCUUUGGCCAGAGGAUUUGGAAGAGACUUGAUAGGGUUCUCAUUAACAACGAAUGGACUGCUAAGUUUCAUAGAUGUGAGGUAGAACAUCUUGCUAGCACUGGUUCUGACCAUACACCUAUGCUAGCAAGGUGUUCUAUGACAGACUCAAACCAUAUCAAGUAUUUUAAAUUUCUCAACUUUUGGACUGAUCAAUCAGACUACCUAGAUGUGGUAAGACAGGCUUGGGAACUGGAGGUACAAGGGAAUAUAAUGUGGAGACUUCAACAAAGAUUGAAACACACUGCUAGGUCUUUGAGUAGCUGGUCCAGAUAUCAGGUUGGGGAUGUUUUCGACAAAGUAAAGGAAUGGGAAGAAAAAAUGGCCCAGAUGGAAAUUCAAUACAUUGAUGAUGAUGAUGUGAACAGUAGAGCUGAGAUCCACCAAGCGCAGGCUGAACACACAAGAUGGCUUAAAUGCGAGGAAUCUAUUCUGAGACAAAAAGCAAAUGUGAAAUGGUUGGAAGAAGGCGAUUCUAAUAAAAUAAGGCAAGCUGUUUUUUAUCACGACAAAAACAGUGCCUCAGGGCCUGAUGGAUUUGGGGGCUGUUUCUUUCAAACCAGUUGGGAAAUCAUCAAGAAUGACAUCGUGGAAUUCGUUCAAUGUUUUUUCAAGGGUGCAAAUCUCACCAAAUUCUACACAAGCACUUGCUUCGUGCUUAUUCCAAAGGUAGAACACCCUGUCUCUUUAAACGAUUUUAGGCCUAUAAGCUUGAGCAAUUUCACCAACAAGAUCCUUUCUAAGAUUUUGAGCACUAGAUUGUCUCCAAUGCUCAAAGUUUUAAUUUCAGAAAAUCAGAGUGGGUUCGUUCCGGGAAGGUUGAUCACGGAGAAUAUUCUUCUUGCUCAAGAGGUGAUUCAUGACAUAAGAAAAAGUAAGAUCGGGGAAAAUGUAGUUUUGAAGUUAGAUAUGUCCAAGGCUUACGACAGAGUUGAUUGGGAAUUUUUGAAGAAUGUUCUUACAAGAUUCGGUUUUUCUGACACUUGGAUUGAUAUGGUUUUGAGACUUGUUUCUGGGAACUGGUACUCCAUCUUGAUUAAUGGCCACAGGAGGGGCUUCUUUCAUUCUACCAGAGGCUUAAAACAAGGGGAUCCUCUAUUCCCAUCUCUUUUUCUAUUAGGGUCCGAGGUUCUUUCCAAGUUGUUAAACAGACUCCCUUUGCAUCCCCAAUUCUCUGGCUUUCAAAUGCAGCCCCGUGGCCCUCAGAUUACACAUCUUGCGUAUGCAGAUGAUGUGAUCAUCUUCACAUCUGGAACUCGGUCCUCUAUUGAGCUGGUCCUUCAACAGCUUAGGUUUUAUGAGGAGUGUUCGGGUCAACUGAUCAAUGCCAAUAAGAGCUGCUUUUUAGUGGCUCCAGAUACUGCUGAUAAUCUAAUCCGGGUACUCAAACUCUCUACUGGCUACAAACAUUGUGAUUUUCCUAUAACUUAUCUGGGGUGUCCCCUUUAUGUGGGAAGAAAGAAGAUUAUUUUAUUCAAUGAAGUGGUGUCCAAAAUUGUAAGAAAAACCAAUGGUUGGCAAGGUAAACUUUUAUCUAUAGGGGGAAGGGCAGUGCUCAUUAAACAUGUUUUGCAAUCCCAACCCCUUCAUCUUUUGGCUGCUAUUAAUCCCCCUAAGACUGUCAUAAAACAAACUGAAGCUUACUUAGCCAAUUUGUUUUGGGGAUCUUCUGAUGGGAAAAAUCGAUACCAUUGGUCUUCAUGGGACAAAUUAUGCUAUCCCACAAAGGAAGGAGGCUUGGGGUUUAGAAGAAUUAUGGACAUUUCGAAGAGCUUUACUUACAAAAGAUGGUGGAGAUUUCGAGCGGUCAGAACCUUAUGGUCAGAUUUUCUACUUGCCAAAUAUUGCAAAAGAGUUGGACCAGUUGAGAGAAAAUACCAAUCUGGGCAGUCUCAUUGUUGGAAGAAAUUCAUGGAGAUAAAAUUAGCAGUUGAAAAAAAUAUCCUCUGGAGGAUUAACAGGGGAGAUAUUAGUUUAUGGUGGGACAACUGGACCGGUCAAGGGGCUUUAGCUUUUAUGGUCGAUACAGCAGGGGCAAAUUUAAAGUUACUAGUGAAAGAUGCCAGAAUCGAUGGAGAAUGGGCCUUCCCUGAGCUUCACCAACUGCCCGAAUAUAUUAUUGAACUCAUUAAUUCGAUUGAGGUUGGUGAUCCUGAUAUUCCAGAUCAAGCUAUUUGGAUGCCGUCAGUGUCAGAUAAGUUUUCUACUAAAUCGGCUUGGAACAUGUUGAGGCAGUCCAGAAAUAACAUGAGCACUCUUGCUAAACUUUGGCAUAAAUUUCUCCCCUUUAAAAUUUCCUUCCUAAUAUGGAGAGCUCUCAAAAGAAAGUUUCCUUUCGAUGACAUUUUAUUGCGAUUCAACAUUUCACUCGUCUCUAGAUGUCACUGUUGUUUUAUGCCAAAAAGAGAGACUAUGCUACAUGCUUUUGUAAAUGGGGAAUGUGCAAUCAAAGUGUGGAAAUUUUUUGGGGCUCCUCUUGGUGUCAUUUGGGAGGAUGUCUCUAUUAUUGCUAUGUUGUUGAAAUGGUGGAGCGCCAAGCAUCUUAAUUCAGUCCACAAGGAAAUUCUAACAGGCUUACCUUCGAUCAUUAUAUGGGAGUUGUGGAAAGCUAGGUGUGCCGCUAAAUUUGGUGAAAAAAAGAUGUAUGUUUCCAGAAUUGUCUAUCAAAUCCUCUUUCAUCUCAAAUGGAUCCUGGCUAAAUAUGAUAUGAACAUCGACUGGGAAUCUCGCUGGCCAGCGAUUUGCAAUACUAUCAUGAACUCUCGAGACGAAUUCAAAUGUACCAUCAUUAAAUGGGAAAGGCCCGAACUGAAUUGGGUAAAAUUAAACACGGAUGGUAGUAAAUUCGGUGAUGAUCAGAUCGGGGCAGGUGGUGUUAUCAGGGAUUUCGCUGGCCAUAUGCAUAUGGCGUUUGCAAAAAGCUUAGAUACGGGCAGCCACAACCAUGCUGAAGCAAAGGCUGCCCUAUUUGGGCUUCGGUGGUGCAAGGAGAAUGGUUUGCAUAAUGUCAUUUUAGAGUGUGACUCUAAGUUUGUAGUAGAUAUGUUGAAAUAUGCUUGUGUUGUACCGUUGCAACUGUAUCAUAUUAUUGAGGAGACUAGAAAGAUUAUUUCUCAGAUAAAUGUGGUGACACAACACUGUUUUAGGGAAGCGAAUCAAGUAGCGGAUGCCAUGGCUAAAGUGAGCACAAGGGGACAAAAUAUGAUCGUCUACAACUGCGCAAGCAUAUUAAGAUACAAUGCAGAAGCAGCUAAGGAUUUACGCUUGAUGUUAUAUGCAGGCAAUGGAAGAGGGAUCCAAUGGACUGUCGUUGCUGCAGCGACCCUUUACCAGAGACCAUUAAGCACUUGUUCAUUUAUAAUGAACCAGCUAGGCGGCUUUGGAAGUGCCUUGGACAGACAUUGGGGAUCAUACUGA